UGCGUGUUGGGAUCUCCCUGAAGACAACCUUGUCUGCAUAACGACGGACAACGCGUCAAAUAUGGUGAAAGCAGCACAGCUGAACGAAUGGACCAGGCUCCAGUGUUUCGGACACAGAUUACAUCUUGCUAUUGAAAAUGCAAUCAAAGAUGAUAGAGUAUCAAGAGCAAUUGGGCUGUGCAAGAAGUUGGUGGGGCACUUCUCACACAGUUGGAAGAAAAAGGCAGCACUCACUGAGGCACAGAAGGAGCUUAAGCUUCCUGAGCACUCUCUCAUUACUGAGUGCCCUACAAGAUGGGGGUCCAAAGAGAAAAUGAUUGCCAGAGUGCUGGAACAGAUGAAAGCCAUAUCGCAGGUAUUGACAGGUGACCGACAUGCACGCUCCCUCAUCCCAACCUGGCAGGAUGCUGAAGUGUUGGAGUCCAUUCAUAAGGCACUGCAUCCUCUCUCCGAAUUUACUGAUGCUCUUUCUGGAGAAGAGUAUGUGAGCAUCUCCUACCUCAAGCCAGUUCUCCAUCUUCUGGCAACAUCAGUCUUGGCUGAAGAUGCUGAGGACACUGAUCUGACUAGAUCAAUUAAAACCAAGGUCCUGGCAUACCUCAACGACAAGUAUAGUGACCUCAACACCCAGGAGCUUUUGGAUGUUGCGUCGUUCAUGGACCCUAGGUUCAAAACGCAAUACAUCAGCGCAGACAACCUUCCUGCCAUUAAGGCCCGACUGAAGACAGAAAUGGUGGAAUCGGCUAGACGUACACAUAAUCAGGAGAAGAGGUCUCGCACUGAAACUGCUCAAAAUUCUCCAAGUGCACAGGCCUCUGGGGGAAAGGCAAAGAAGACUCUUGGUAGUCUUUUUAAAACCAGUGCGGCCUCUUCAGCUUUGCCUCUGCCACUUGAAGAUGUUGUGGAGGCAGAGUUGAAUAGUUACCUGUUGACCCCAGUCAUUGACGGAGAGGAUGAUCCCUUAGCCUGGUGGAAGGUGCACAACAUUCACUUUCCACGACUGUGCAAGAUGGCCCGCAAAUAUCUGUGUGUGCCAGCCACAAGUGCCCCCUCAGAGCGUCUGUUCAGCACUGGAGGGAAUAUAGUGACCUGCACUCGCUCAUCCUUAAAGCCAGCAAAAGUAGAUAUGCUGGUCUUCCUAGCAAAAAACCUGUGAGCUAGGAUGAUUAUGGCUAGCUGAGCCAUACUCAUUGUGCACUUUAGUUUGUGCUGUGUUGCUGUUACUUACUGCAGAUAAUCAAGAUGUUCAGCCAGUUUUAAUUUAAAGGCGUGUUUGUGUGUGUGUUUAUACAAUUGCUAUUAUGUUUGCACUUUAUGUGUAAUGUUACUGACUGCAGAGAUCAGUAAGAUGUGUGUAUUUUUUAUUUAUUAGUUUUAUUUAUUUAAUAUUAUUUUUUAAUUUAAUGACUGUCUAGUAGUUCACAGAUGUCGAAAAACUGAGUGUGGUAAAGCCACUGAUUUUUUUAUGUAUAUUUCUGCAAUCUGCACAUUGUACUGACUUUCAUUUUAAUGUUUACACCAGGGUUCCUUGUCAGCACUUUAUGCUCAGAUGUUUGUAAGCUAAAAAUAAACUAUUGUGUAUGUUCAAAUAUACUGUUGUGAUUGAAGAAGUUAAAUAAAAAUGUCAGUCAUCAA